UUUUAUAAUGCAGCUUUGGAAAUUAAAUCCUCGUCAUUAACAAAUAAAAAAGCGAAUGUUCUUGGAGUCCAAUUUAAUUAUGCAAUUUUAGAUGUAGAAUUUGAUUCACCGUUAUACAAAUACGAUCAAUUAGGUUGCCCAAACUUCAACUGUACAAUAGAAGCAAUCGACUGUUCUUGUGAUUAUAGUAAUUCAAAUGAAUGCCCCAAAACUACCGGACGUAACCCAUCAUGUCCACCAUGUCCCAUUCUAGAUAGAUUUGGUUCAAGUAUAUGUAAUGGUGGAAUUAAAAAUGUAAUGAAGGUGGUUAAGGAUAAACCAAUUACACUUAAUAUCAACGAGCCUAUCCAACUUAGAUAUAAAGCCGAUGCUAGUAUAUGUGAGGGUUUAAUGGUAACAAGUUAUCCCAUCGAUGGCUAUUAUUCAAUGUCUAUUGGCUAUACACAAGGUAAUCAAAAGCAAGUUAUCAUCAACCAGCCAGAGGUAUACAGUAUUGCUAGAAUGUGCCCAAGUGACCAAGAAUUAAGCUUUGCUAUACCAGAUACAUGGACUAGAGAUACCUAUUUCAUUAAUAUUGUACCUUUUGGUGGUGUAACUGAUAAUGUAACAUUGUCAUUGGAAAUAACAUCGAAACCAGUACCCAUCUUACAAUCAUCAUCAUCUGCUGCCUCAUGUAACCAAGUUUUACCAACUCAUAAAUGUAUUAAUGAAGGAGAGGUUGUUACUGGUACUGGCGAUGCAACAAAGUAUACAUAUUACACUUUUAAUGUAACCAAAGCAGCCACUUACACUAUUAGAGCUCCAAACUUGGCACAAACAAUUUAUUUAUUAGCAGACAGCACAAACCAACACCCACAAUUCAAUGGCUUAUUUACAGAUUGGAAUUCUUUAAGAGAAAGUGAAAAUUACCUAACUCUAUAUUUAGAACCUUCUAUAAUAUACAUCUCAAUUUACUCUGUUUACCAAAGUAGUUUCUCUUUUUCAAUUACAUCAGAGGGUUAUAAGAAACAAGUUAAGGUAUCCUCAUUACCACCAAAAGCCUCUGCAUACUACAUGGUUGGUACAUCGAAUUUACGUUUCCCAACUGCUAUUUUCCAAUGCGACGUCUAUUAUCUUUGUUAUCCAUUUUCAACUCAGGUUAGCUAUAGUGAUCCAAAUCCACUCUAUCCAGUACCCUCAAUUUUCAAAACGUUAGAUGGCAGCAAUAUUCCAUCAUUUCAAUCUAUAAACUAUAUCGACGAUACAAAUGAAAACCCAAUCAAUGAAAAUAGUUAUCAGGUUUCAUUUUUGUAUUCAUAUAAAAUAGGUUUGGACCCACCCAUUGAAUAUUCAUCAUUCGAAGCAAUAAAAUACACAAAGUUAUCAUUUUUAAGUAAUUUAUAUGAUGAAAAUAAUAAUGUUUUAACGAAUAAAAACUCAACAACAUUUGAAUUUAAAGAAUUAGAAUGUAACUAUACACAAUUUAAAGAUAUUAAGAAUGAAUUAGACAGCUAUGAAGAGGUUUUAUAUAAUGUUACAGAAUUAGAUCAAUUAAAUAGUUUAAGAUAUAAAUUAGAUUCAUUAACUAUUCGUAACAACUAUGUUGGGUGUACAUCAAAAGCAUUAGAUUAUUUGGAAAUAGAGUACGUUUUAAAAAAUAUUACCUCAAGUGGUUGCCAUUAUGAUGUUGGUACUGAUGAAUACUAUUCAAGCCCAUGUUGCAUAAAAACCUUACAAUAUUAUCAAUGCUGUGUACCAGAAUCCAGACAAGAGAAUGUAACCAGUUUUGUGGAUGUUUCGAGUAAUAUAGUUACUGAAGAGUGCUCAGACCCAUCAUGUACCGAACAAAUAAUAAAGCAGUAUUAUGGCUCUCUUCAAGUUCAGGAUAAUUGUUUAACUCCACCAAAUACCUUAGAGGACAUGAUGAGCACCACCAUUCAAGUACUACGUCAAUGUAAAUCUGUAUUAGAAGUUCAAUAUUGUAACUCUGAUGAUGAAUGUAAAACUUUUUCAGGACCAGAUGGUGUUUGUGAUCUUUUUCUCCGUAGAUGUUUACCAAAUUUCGAAUAUAUGGAUAAAAGAUACCUUCAUUGUGUAUUUAGCCAAUUAGAUCAAAGCACAAUUUAUAAAGUUUUACACAAACCAUUCCAUGUCAAUGAAAGCAUUAUCGAUGAAAUUUACAAUAGUCAUUUAAAAGACGAUAUUACAAAUAAAUUGUUUAUGAAUAGAAAAUUAAUGGCAUAUUGGUCAUCCACCACCGCCGAUCCAAAUUUCAAUACAUUAUUUUACCCAACUACUUUUGGUUUGGAUAAAUCAAUGGAACUUGUUCACGAUGUCAAGUAUGACAACUUAUUUGAUUUUGCUGCUUUAUAUACAACAACAAACUUGUGGGAAAUCUUUGGUAUGUGUCCAUUUUAUAGUUGCUAUGGUUAUGCAAAUUCCACUAUAGCUGGAUCUCAAAAAGAAGCUGAUUGCUAUAAUGCAUGUAAUGCAAGUCCAAGCUUUUGUGGUUAUUGCCCAACAAAUGAAACUUAUUGCUACUUUCUUGGUUACGAUCAAAGCACAUGUGGUGUUCAAGAUUAUUGUCUAUACUUCUAUGGAUACACAUAUAAUGGAUAUUCAAAAGAGCUAUGUGAAGCAAGUGGUUCAUGUAGUGUUUAUUGUGACUAUGAAUGCAAAUCUAUAGCUACACAACCAUAUUGUAUUGACCCAAGUUCUCUAACAGAAACAGAUUGUUUAAUGAAUACUAAUACUGUUUGGGAUACUACCACGACAGUACAAUUUUGCCGUUUUACAAAUAUUUCAACAAGCAAUAACUGCGACGCUUCAUUAAAUCAAAUAUGGGUAGAGUGCGAAUCAAAAAAUGUUGAUGAGUGCACUGGUCCACUUGGUCAACUAUCGGGCAUGUGCUAUAUCUCUGGUAUACUCUGUAAUACAGAAGAGGAGUGUCUAAAUGCUGGUGAAUGCUCUGACUCAUUUUAUUUUACAACUGAAAAUACUCAAGGCUAUACCCAAGGUUUAGGUUUAGGUAAAUGUGUAAAAAAACAUCAAAUAGUUGGUACCAAUGUUAGAUGCGAAUUUAAUUUAAAUGGGUAUACUGAACAAGAUUCUCCAAUGGGAUGCUUUAGCCAUUACCCACAAGUUUCAACUAGAAUAGAAUGUGAAUCUCUUGGCGAAGAUUAUAAAUGGUGGUCUCCCUCAUUAUCAAAUAAAACAAAAUGUUUACAAGAAAAAGGUUGCUCUACAUAUGUCACUAAAAAUACUCAAAUGCUACCAUAUAAUAAAAUAUUUAAUGAAAUGGAUGAACACGUUUGUAGUGGUUGUUCCGAUAAUUCAAAUUCAUGGAAAUCUAAAUAUCAAUGGGAAAAUAAAUUUAAAUGGACUCCAGGUUUCUGGUACAAAGGUGUCCAUACAAAAGGUCAAUGGUAUGACCCUUUAAAAUUUGUUUAUAUAAACAAGCAAACCAAAACAUUAGAUUAUCAAAAGAUCUAUGAUGAAUUAGUAGAUUCUGUAAAUAAUCAAAUGGCAGAUAUGGUCCGUUGUGAAUACUUUUGCCGACAACAACGUGUAAAAGAUAAUUUAGAUUCAAUAUCAUGCAGCUGUUCAGGCGAUGGGGGAUCUGAGUGCUUUAAAGAGACUGCUUUACUUUUAGGACAAGUUAAACCCUGCUCUGGUACAAAACAAUUGUUUUCAUUUGACUACGGUAAUAUCAUAUUUACAAACGAAUCGGUUAAUGAGGGUUGUGGUAAUAUUAUUGUUUCACAGUACCCAAAAAAUAUUUUCACAAAUACUCAAGACCAACACUUCCCAUCAAACUUUGUAUCAUAUCCAAAACCAGAUAACUUUGGUAUAUUUAAUAGCAAGGAUACAAUUAUCGGAACUUUAAUUGGUGAUGGUAUAAAGUUAGAAAUUCAUGGUGUCCAACAAUUUACCAUUUGCUUUGACUAUGAUGACAAUCAAGUUCAAAACCAUAAAAAAUAUCCAAUAUUUGAUUUUGCCUCAUAUAAUUUAGAAAAAGGUAUACUAUUCCCAUUAAAUAUAUCAAUUUACUUUAGCAAUUCAACAGGUAAAGAACAAUUGUGCGCAGAUAUCAAAGUCCAAGAUCCCAACAUAAAUCUUUUCCCCGCCAAUCGUAUGGAUAAAUGGGAAGAAGAAAAUAAAACUUUCUUUAAAUCAGAUGUUAAAGGUUUAUUAUAUGCAUUAGCUGCCAUCUUUUUAGCUGUAUCAAUCUAUGGUUUUUAUCAAUUGGUUAUUGUUGUUCUCAUUAGGAUCAAAGGAAUUGUUCAAAGAUUUGAAUUAGUUCAUCUCUUAAUCUUUAUGAUUUUUUCAUUCGUAACAAUUCGUAUGGUCUAUUUCUUCCUCCUUCCAAAUGGGUCUUUAUCUGAUAACUCUGUCGCAGAUUAUAUUUUAGUUAUCUUACCAACCUUCUUUUAUUUCAGUUGCUAUACAAUUGUAGUAGUACUUUGGUAUACCAUCAUUUUCAUUGUACUCAAGGUUAAUAGUAGCAGAAAUUUACAAAAAAGAGUUUUCUCUUUAUUGGGUAUUAUAAAUUUAAUUAUUUAUAUAUUAUUAGUUGUUGUAAUUUUAGUCUUCAAUUUUACCAAAGAAUCAAAUUCAAACUCGUGUGGCAAUCGUGUAAUUAUUGAUCCAAAAAGUUCAAACUCACAAAAAACAGUUAGUAUAUUAUAUGCCGUUAUUCAAGCAUUAAUAUCCUUAGUUAUAGGUGCAGCAUUUAUAUAUUUGGGUGGUAGUUUAUAUUUAGCAAUGAAAAAAGUUAAAACCCCAAGUAGCAAAUCAAGUAAACACCAACAAAAAAUAUUUUUAUUAACAACAAUUUGCUCUGCUGGUUUCAUUCUCCAUUGUAUUUUUAUUUUAGUAAUUGUUGGCCUUAAAGAACCAAGUGUAGUUUUUAGUUUUAUUGGUUUGAUUCUAACCGAAGUUAUUCCAUCUGUAACUAUUCUCUACUGCUAUGAUCAAAGAGCAAGCUUAUCACUCGACCUUAGUUUAUCA